AUGGCCCAGGUGCGGUCCACUCGCUUGGCAUGGGGAAACGCGACUCCAGACUCUCCCCACCUUCACAGCUUUAGUCAUGCGCAGUUCCUUUCCAUCAGUGUGGAGCUGAAUGGCGCAAAAGUCGCUGGGGUUGUGUUGUUGGCAACCUUAGAAAAAAGCCAUCCCUUCUUUCGAAAGGGGCUGUCCCGCCGCCACCCGAGCCCGAUCGGCAAGUCAGGCGAGAUCAUAGUCCUCGCGCCAUCUCGUUGCAUCUCCUCAGCACCCCCGGCCUCCUCCAUCCCCGCCCCUGCUGAGCACCUAUUCGGAGACUCAUUUCCUGGCAUCUGCCUCCGUCUCUUCCACUCCACAUCUCAGAUGGCUCGAGGCGUCUUCCAGAAGGGCCGCAUCGCCGGUUCCUUCAACUUCCGCCUGCUGUUCUCAUGCUUCAUCAUGGGCCUGUCCCAGGUCAACUUUGGCCUUGACCAGACGGCCUUCAGCACCACCCAGGCCAUGGGCCCGUUCGAGCGCAAGUUCGGCGUCUACCGGCCCUCGCUGAAGCGCUUCGCGCUCGAGCCGUACUUCCUCUCGCUCCUCAACAGCCUGCCCACCAUCACCCAGGUCUUCGGCCUCCUGAUGGGCAGCUUCAUCUGUCGCCGCUUCGGCAGGCGCAUGUCCUUCUUCGUCAUGUGCGGCUGGGCCUGGCUGUCGGCCAUCCUCAACGUCACCGCCCAGAACAAGGAGCAGAUCCUGGCCGGCCGCAUGAUCAACUUCAUCUACAUCGGCAUGGAGCUGGCCGCGGUGCCCGUGACGCAGUCGGAACUGGUCCCGGCGCGGGUCCGUGGCUUCGUCGUCGGCACCUACCAGCUCGGUAUCAUGACGGGAGGGCUGAUCAUGUCUUUGAUCUGCCUCGGCACGAGCAAGAUCAAGAAUGAGAAUUCUUUCAGGAUCCCAUUUGGUAUUUUCUUCGUUAUCCCGACGGUUGUGUUUCUCGGAACGUUCUGGAUGCCAGAGUCUCCCCGAUGGCUCCUUCUCAAGAACCGCCCUGAGGAGGCCAGAAAGAAUCUUCAACUGCUUAGGGAGGGCAAGUUCACCGACGAGGAGAUCGAGAAAGAGUUCCAGGAUCUGAAGAUGGGCAUCGAGUUGACCACCGAGAAGGGCAGCUUCGCCGAGCAGUGGAGGGGCACUCACCUGAGACGAACUUUGAUCGUCCUAGGGGUUAAUUUCUUCCUCCAGAUGACGGGACAGAAUUUUACGAGCAAGUACGGAGCUGUCUUUAUCAAGGACGUGGGUGCCGUCGACCCCUUUGUCAUGAAGACUAUCACUACGCUGUGCGGCAUCCUGAUGGUCCUCACGAGCAUGCUGAUCUCCGAUACUGUCGGGCGCAAAACCAUCAUGAACAUCGGCUCCUUCUUCCAGGCGGCGGCCGUCAUGACCAUCGGCGGCCUGGGCUCGAUCCCCAACCCGUCGCGCAACGUCGGCGUCGGCAUCACGGCGCUGACCGUCGUGUUCGCGUCGGCCUUCUGCAUCGGCUGGGCGCCCAACUCGCACGUCGUCGCCGCCGAGAUCCCCGCCAUGCGCCUGCGCGACAUGACCUACUCGACGGGCAGCGUCGUCAACGUCCUCUGCUCCUUCGUCGUCACCUUCACCCUGCCCUACCUCCUGUACGAGCCGUACGCCGCGCUGGGGCCCAAGGUCGGCUUCAUCUACGGUAGCUUCGCCGUGCUGUCCAUCGUCUUCGUCUGGCUCGCGCUGCCCGAGUGCAAGGGCCUCUCGCUCGAGGAGAUCGAGCACCUGUUCGAGAGCGGCGUGCCGACGCGCAAGUUCGGCAGCUACAAGCACGGCGAGAUCCUGCCCGCCGAGGUGGAGCCCGAGGCCAAGGAGGCGCGCGUCAUCCAGGCCGAGGUCAAGCCCGAGACGGCGGUGUAA